ACAAUCAAAUUAUCAGGUAUAUACGUAGCAGCCCAGGGGUCGCUCACUGCGCUUCUAUUGUCUCUCCACAUAUCUCUAUGCCUCAACCGAGCAGACCACAGCAGACCUCAUUAUCCACUGCCCAACAAGUUCACAAUAAACCUGCCUUACGAAUGCAUCAACGAAGCCGGGGACCUUGCCCUAUGCUUCAAGGGGAAGUGCAACGGGUCCUGGAAUCCCCCAAGAGCGCACCACUGCUCCGCAUGUGGCGUCUGCCGUCUGGACUUUGAUCACCAUUGUCCAUGGCUGGGAAAUUGUGUGACGCUCUUCCGCAUCAAAGCCUUCCUGUCCCUUCUCUAUCUAACACCCAUAACCACCUUCCUCGGCCUCUACCCCAUUCUACCACUCCUGCGACAACACAUACUGCUCGCCCUCUCUGUUUCCCAAGAAGACCCCUGGGCCAGGCAGGCAUGGUGGGAUUGGUGGGGGUCCUGGAUCCUCGUCUGCGGCCCGCUUGGUAAGGUGCCAGUAGGCAUCGUCCUUGGGUUCAGAGUGCUACAGACUCACCGUCUACCGGGCGGUAUCGUGGAGCAGCCGCAUCUGCGGCUUGUACUCGUUGCUUUUGGCGGGGUGUUACUUUCCGUGUUUACAUUGGGUCUUGCUAUCAGCACAACGUGGAAUGUUCUGCGCGGUCUGACCACUUUAGAGUCGCUCUUCGCCAAGUCCACCAGGAAGGUUUUCAUCUGCGACCCAUUGAGGAACGACUCACCGGCGGAGCGUAUCUACGAUCUGGGAUGGAGGGAGAAUGUGCGGCGGCUUAUGCCGUACCCACUGUUUCCUGCCUUUCGUAACUCAAGACAUGCAGUGCAUACAAGGUAA